CUCUAUCCCCGCCCCCUGCUUGUGUGCGGCUAGUAGCGGAAGUUCCGUUCCGUCGAGAACUGGGACAGCAAGCGCAUCUUCUACAGUGUAUGUGUGGCAACAACAUGUCUGUGCCGCUGCUCACCGAGGCUGUGACGGUGUCUGCCAAGGAGAAGGAGACUGCAGUGGUGAUCUUCCUUCAUGGACUGGGAGACACAGGGCAUGGAUGGGCGGAAACUCUGACGGAGAUUCAGCCGUCUCAUGUCAAGUUCAUCUGCCCCCACGCGCCCUCAAUCCCCGUCACUCUCAACAUGAAGGCGACGAUGCCCGCUUGGUUUGACCUCAUGGGCCUCAAACCCGACAUCCCAGAGGACGAGUCUGGAAUCAAGAGGGCAGCGGACAACAUCAAGGCGAUAAUCGAACAUGAGGCCAAAAAUGGGAUUCCCCCGCACCGCAUCAUUCUCGGUGGCUUCUCUCAGGGUGGGGCUUUGUCCUUGUAUACCGCCUUGACCUGUCAGCAUCAGUUGGCUGGUGUUGUGGCCCUCAGCUGCUGGUUACCACUUCACAGGAGUUUCCCAUCGGCGUCAAGCGGCAACAAGAACAUCCCGAUCCUGCAGUGCCACGGCGAGAAUGACUGCAUGAUCCCGUCGCAGUUUGGUGCCAUGACAUACGAGAAACUCAGAUUGAUAGUCAACCCUGAUCUGGUCAACUUCAAAACGUAUCCAAACCUCUCUCACAGCUCCUGUCCUCAGGAGAUGGUGGCUGUACGGGAAUUUAUCGACAAGUAUUUGCCCCGAAUCUGACCUCACCUCAUCUCAUCCCAUCCCCCACUGUGACCCUCUGAGACACUGACCUCUCACCCCUGAUCUGCCGCUCUCCCACAGGAAACAGCCAUGAGCACCCCAACAACCCCAUCUUCUACACACGUCGACAACGCACACACACACACACACACACACACACAUAAUCAAGAUAAUUUCAUCCACACCGCUUUUACCUGCAGAUUUGAUCAAACAAACACACUGAUCUGAUUUUAAAAUAAACAUACCCAAGUGCUCGCACUCACAAGUCUUAGCCUCUCAGAGGGAGAGACGCUGACUCACACAAACAACAUUCCCUUUGCUUUGAGUUUACGUCUGUGUGUCACCUCUCCACUUGUUCCCAAUGUUGCUUCCCUUUCUUUGAGCCGUUUUACUCUCCAUUACUUUGUUUCCCUUUUUUCAUUGCUCUGUCAUUAGCGAGAGAUUUGGUGGAAACCGAAGAGUAAAAUUGAGUCGAUUAGGGAUGCACCAACAUGUAGGGAUGCACCAAUCUGGCUUCUUUUUUUUUUUUUACUCUCUUAAGUGAUUCCUCUGGAUUUGGGUAUCAACAAAUUCAAAAUGUACUCUUUACACUAUGACUGUUAAAUGGGGGAAGUUGGUUAGUCAGUGGGUUUUGUUGUAUUUAGCAGUGUGAGGCCGUUAUUCAGAGAGGAUAGGUAUUGAUCAUGUUGGCAGUGUGAGCAUUAAAAACCUCCAAACAAAUGA